AUGAAAAGUUAUGAGCUCAAAGCUGUCAUUGAUAAAUGGCAGGAUCUGCUAACGAUAAUAUCGGUAGAUGAUAUGAUAGCGUAUAUGAUGCGAAAGGAAUUGUAUGAUGUUUGCCAGUGGUUUGAACGCAUGACUUCUAGAAACAAGUCGAAGAAUCGACAAAUUUAUAAAAAGGAGAAAAUAUUGGAAUGCUUCACUGGUCUUGAACUGCCUAAUGCAUUUGAUCUUUUAAUCGAUGCAUUAUCAACAACUAAUGGACCAGAUUCAACGCCUAUUAUUGAUUCUCUCCUUCAACGACAGUGUCAAUUGGCACCAACUAAUAGUACUGAUCUUGAUAGAAAAGCUUUAACUAUAAAUGCAUUUAUUCCUCCGUUACCUAACUGUUACGUAACAAAUUUUCAAGCUGAAAAUCAUAUUAUUGAAAUCCUGCAAGACUUAAAAAUUAAGAAUUUGAAUGGCUGGAUUGUCCUCUAUGGAUCGCAAGGGAUUGGUAAAACUGCUCUUGUAAAUCAGUUCGUCCGCAAUCAAGCUAUGACGGGCGAUUACUCUUCAGGAGUAAUAUGGAUAUCGUUAGGUAGGUAG